AUAUUAAGAAUAUUAUUGUAGUUGGAAUAUUAAAGUUAUAAUGUAAAGAAAAUCAGAUAAGAAAAAAAAAAACACUUUAAUUAAAAUUAUGUACAGUAUUUAUAUAAUACACAGGUUAAGUUGGUGCUAUGGAAACAUAUUUUAAUAUCCCAUUAUUUUGUUACUUUCUAGCUUCUCUGGCUGCAGAUGCUAAAGGUAAAGGCAAUAAGGCAAAAGGUAAAGAAAAAGGUGGUAAACCUACUCAAGAAACAGAGCCAGCUGACAGUCCUGACUUUAUAAAUCCACUGUUAGAAGGUGCUGAUUAUAUAGAUGGUCAACUGUGGGUGGCUGGUAACAGGGUUCUCAUUAACCUCAAUCUCUCACGAAAUGAGAUAGGCGAGACGGGCCUGGAGGCCCUACUAAAGGCCAUGCAGUAUCAAACAACAUUGUGUAUGGAAAACAAAAGUAGUGGAACUGGGCUUAUGAGAUUAUUAGUCGGGAAAAACAAGGUACGAUCCAGCCAUGAGUUACUUCAGAAGAUAACAGAUAUCAUGUUACCUAAAGAUCCUUUCUAUAAACCACCACCACAGACCCCGGAUGUUACUGAGGCUUAAUCACAAAUACAGAUUACAUAAUGUCCCUUUUAACUUUAAUAUAGCUUUAACAGCUCUUUAUUUGAUUGAUUUGAAAAAUAUUCUUUGACUGGAUUUCCAGUAAAAAGUUUUUAUUUGGAGUCUUUGGAAAAAAAAAAUUAAUUGUAUUCCUUGGGAAAAAUCUUCAAUUGACUUCAAAGUUCUUGGAAAGUUUUGACAGCAAUAUAUAAUGAUGAUUUAAAAACAUUAAUAAAGAUAAACUGGGAAAGUUAAACAGCUAUCUAUUUAUUUCGUUUGCUUGUGUGAAAAUGUGAUAACAAAAACUGUGAUUUUAAACAUUUAGAUAUGAUCAUUCAAACAGUGCAAAAAUUCAAUCACAAUUUGUUCUAUGUUAAAUUGAAGGUCAACAUUAAAACAUAUAUUAGUAUUACUUAUUUAAAUAUAUACAUGUAUAUAUGUGGAGCAAAGUUAUAAUAAAAUGUGCUAAAUGUUAAAUGUAAAAGCCUAUAGCUAUAACUUGGCUUUUAAUUUUAUUUUAGAAGUUUAAGCAACAUUAACACAUAAUAACAUUGGAACCUAACAUUGCUCAAAUGUGUGAAAUUUGAAUAGAAAAGCUUGUAUCUUAUAAAAAUUACUAUCUGUUAGAUGAUAAUUCUGUAACUUAUUGAAAUAAUGUUGUCCUUUAUCUAAUAAACUUUAUUAAACACUCACAUUAACAUUUAGUAUUUUUGUUAUUUUUUGUAAACGUCCAUAUUUUCUGUGAUAAUGGUUGUAUUUUCUUGUUCAGAGUUAUUUUAUAUGUACAUGUAUGGUUAUUUUAUUUAAAAAAUGUUAUUGAAUGUAUUUUUCAUUUCAAUAACAUAUUCAUUACUUAACAGUUUGAAAGUUUAGAGUCAUAAAUGCAUAUAUAUAUGUUACAUAAUUAUUAUGUUAUGUAUGUAAAAUAUGCAACUUGCAUUUGU